AAAAUCUUAAGUGUCCGGAAAUGAGUAAGUAUAGUCGCUUGUAUUUUGGCGCCUAGAGUCAAACAGCCACCAAUUUGGCAGUAUAUACCGCGGCACAUUUCAAAGCAUUUUCUCUGAGAUAUUUGAAAACGGAGUCGUGCAGUGAACGGCUGCGUGUCCCUUUUAAAACAAACCCAGCGCCUGUCAAUCAUACCACAUUCCAACCAAUCCCAAAGCGCCCUUUUUUAAAAGCAGGUUGGCCUGCUGUGCUUUUAUAUUGCACCAUGGCCUGUUUCGAAGCAUUUUUACUACCACGGUUAUUGCCACAAAUCAAGAGGGCAAAGUGAACGGUAUGGGACUCUCACUAACUUUAACGAACUUGAGUCUGGUUCCUUCUCCUGCGAAGUUCACGGCCAAGAAAUGCACAUGCAGAUGAUAAACAGCACAGAAAAUGGAAUCACGAUGUCUAGGUAAAUCCUGAGCACAGAAUUGGUUGAUUUUGCAAACUCACGGCAAAACUGACAACAAAACAUGACAAGCCUGUCGAGGUUUAGUGGCUGCCCUCUUUCUUGCGUCAACCCCGGGGAGAGCAAUACUGAACUCAGCGUGGUGCUGCCACCUUUGGCAGGGGAGCACAUGGGGCACCCUACUGGCAGUUCCUUAAAACUCUGCCCCUCACACAGUUUGCGAGACUACCCCGAGACGAGGUCCAAUGCAUAUGUUGACCAUUCGGUUCCCCAUUUUGCAGACUCCGGAUACCCCGGCCACCGGUUAGAACACAGCCCUAGGGGCAUUAUCAUUGGAGCCAAUCUUACUGGAGCCGGCAUGCCACCCGUCACUGAUCAACUGGCACCAAGAAGUAACCAACAUGGCGGGAUUGGAAGGUACCGUGACCUGCCUAGCUAUAGAGAUAGCAGAAGCCACGCUUUUUUCACCGCUUAUCACGAGCAGGCCCAUGGCUCCUCGGACUCGUCCCGAGAUCUCUCUGGUCAAGUUAUGUUGGGUCUACCUGGGGACCUCCUCACCCGGACGCAGCCUUACAGCCAGGGUAUCAGCGGCUCCAGGGGAAACAGCCAACAACUUGUUUCUCAGUUCCUGGGUCUCUACAAACCGCUGAACAUGGCAAUUCAACGUGGAGGGGGUGACGCUUUCCUCAGGUGCUCCAAACCGAAUCUGAAGCACGAGCUCGUGUGUAAGUGGAGUGACAGCCAAGAGGGGGCUGGGAAGCAGCCCUGCGCCAGAACUUUCGGGACUAUGUAUGAACUUGUAACCCAUGUGACAGUGGAACAUGUCGGAGGACCUGAGCACUCUGAAUACGUGUGUCACUGGGAAAAUUGUCCGAGGGACAGAAAACCUUUCAAAGCCAAAUACAAGCUGGUGAACCACGUCAGAGUCCACACAGGGGAAAAGCCUUUCCCCUGCCCUUUCCACGGCUGUGAAAAAGUUUUUGCGAGAUCAGAGAACCUCAAGAUUCACAAAAGGACGCACACAGGUGAAAAACCUUUUAAAUGUGAGUUCGAGGGCUGCAACCGGAGGUUUGCUAACAGCAGCGACCGAAAGAAGCAUUCUCACGUGCACUCCAGUGACAAACCAUACAUGUGCAAGGUCAGAGGGUGUGAGAAGUGUUACACUCACCCGAGCUCUCUUCGAAAACACAUGAAGCUCCACUGCAAGACAUACAGCGCGAAAAGCAGCGACGGACACGAGCGGGACGGGGAGCACCUCGCGGAGGCCAGGUCACCCGAAGUAACGGAUCAAGCCGAAACGGCCUCGUCCACUAUUGUGACCCGCGCACAACCCCCGAUCUCACAAGAGCCCUUAUCGCCUGAGAUUCGAAACGAGUCGACUCUGAGGUCACGUUUCCAUCACACGUUCGACAACAGUUUGGACUACUCACACAGGUCACAGGGCCUACUGGAUCCACUGUUGAUCCAGAGGAGCAGUUACAGACCCGAGCCCACUCAAUACCCAUGCAGCCAAGGGAGCCACAGUUUCGGCCAGAGCUCAAGGACAUUUUCCACGGCCUCGCCCUUUCAGAAAAGUAUAGUCAACGGCUGGUAUACGUGCCACAGUGGCGUGGACUCUUUCUCACCAAAGCAGUGUAAUAGCGAUAUAUCCUCCAUUUGAGUCAGUUGGAUCGCUUGACUAACAUUGGCCUGCACCGCCCUAGGUGUACUGUCGUUAUAUUAUGACACCUGUUAUUCUUGGACUGUAUGUUUCUGAGUGUACUUCGUUGAUGUUGUGGGCUAUAAAAAGACGUUGCCACGUUGAAGUCAUGUGUCGUAGUUUUGAAAACUUGUUAAAACUUUAUUCCGGCGUUGCAAAAUGCGUGAUGGUAAGCUUUAAUUAUUUUGUGACGCACGAACUCCAGGCCUAUAUGUGUGAUGGGCUACGAGUUCUGUCAAUUGUAAAGAAAAAAAAAAUCCUACAAAAAACAACGUGCCUAUUUUAACAAACGUGUACAGUGAACACUUAUUCCCUCCUUUUCGAGAAGGCUAUUAGAAUAGAACACCAUGAAUACAAAUAUUGUAUACUUUAUCUCUAUCAUUUGAAUGAAAACCAUACUCGAGCUUGCAAUAGGAUACGGAAACAAAAUGGAAUCAACGAGAAUGUAUAUGUCGUCCUAUGUAGGCCUUUAUAUCAACGUGACAUAGUAAUUAUACUAUUGUAUACCAGCAUAUGUAAUGGACAGGGUCUUCAUGGAUUGUAACUGUAUUGUUUUGUGGGAAAGCAUAGAAACGUGCAUUAAUCAUGUCGUGUUUAAUGUAAGAAAUAACUUUGAAAUAAAAUAUUAUUUAAAACCUAUUAUUUGUUGUUUAAUUUUCAGUCCAGAACAAGUGAACCAAUUCUGAGCUCACAUAUGAUAUAUCUCAAUGUAAUUCAAAGGGAUAUUGACUGUACUAUCUAUUACAAUAAUUUGUUAAAUAUCGUGCUAAACACCAGAUGAAAGGAAAGUGCAAGCCUAUACAGCUUUCAGCUGCUUUACUCUCUUCCAAGAAUCAUAAAUUGUAGCUUCUGAAGCAUUACUCCUCUCAGUCUGCCCCCCCUCCUCAGUUCGCACUCGCGCUCUGCUUUGUAUAUAGAUAUUUUAUGAAUUUUUGUGUAAAAUACUUUCUUUCUGGCAUCAGUUGAGAACACAAGCCACUGUCUUUUCGAUAAGAAUUAAAAUGUUUAAUUAAAAUUCUACUGUACAUACUGUAAUAUUAAUUAUGCAUUAAA